CAACUGCUCGUCAUUCCAAUUUUAAACAUGAAUUACACAAUUUCUCUGAAUUAGGGCUGUCUCAACCUCACUCUCCUUCUUCCACUUCACUCCAUUCCACUCCCUAAACCGCGCGCUCUCUCUCUCUCUCUCUCUCUGCCUCCUCACUGGAUCAGCCAUUUCUUCUCAGAUGGACCACGUUGAUGGAGAUAUAUGAGAGGGAUGGUAAAAUUAAUUCUCACCCAGAAAUCAUAGUGGCUUUCUCUACUCUGUAGGGGUUAUGCCUGUCAUGGAAGCUGAUAAAACUGAUGCCGUUCGUGCUGAAGAACUCAAAUCGCAAGCAAAUGAAGCAUUUAAAGCCCACAAAUAUGCUCAAGCAAUUGAUCUUUAUACACAAGCAAUCGAGCUAAAUGAUCAGAAUGUUGUAUACUGGGCAAACCGUGCAUUUGCACAUAUUAAAUUGGAGGAAUAUGGUAGCGCAAUCCAGGAUGCAUCGAAGGCUAUAGAAAUUGACCCUAAAUAUUCAAAAGGUUAUUACAGGAGAGGUGCUGCUUUUCUUGCUAUGGGAAAACUAAAAGAAGCACUUAAAGAUUUUCAACAGCUCAAGAAGAUCUGUCCCAAUGAUCGUGAUGCUGCUAAGAAAUUGAAGGAAUGUGAAAAGGCAGUCAUGAAGCUUAAGUUCGAAGAAGCAAUAGCAGUACCAGAAGCUCAGAGGCGUUCAGUGGCUGAUUCCAUUGAUUUUCAUGCAAUCGAUGUUGAGCCACAGUAUACUGGUGCAAAGAUAGAAGGAGAUGUAACACUGGAUUUCGUGAAGAAAAUGAUUGAAGAUUUUAAAAACCAGAAAAGCUUGCACAAGAGAUAUGCAUUCCAAAUUGUAUUACAAGUCAGAGAAAUCUUGCGUGCCCUUCCAUCUCUUGUAGAUGUUAACAUCCCAGAGGGCAGGCAUUUAACUGUUUGUGGUGAUGUACAUGGUCAGUUCUAUGAUCUCUUAAAUAUAUUCGAGCUUAAUGGGCUUCCAUCAGAUGAAAAUCCAUACCUCUUUAAUGGAGACUUUGUGGAUAGAGGUUCAUUUUCUGUGGAGGUCAUUCUCACGUUGUUUGCAUUCAAGUGCAUGUCUCCAGCAGCUAUGCAUUUGUCCAGAGGAAAUCAUGAAAGCAAGAGCAUGAACAAGAUCUAUGGCUUUGAGGGUGAAGUUCGGUCUAAGUUGAAUGAAACGUUUGUGGAACUAUUUGCAGAAGUAUUUUGCUCUUUACCUUUGGCUUAUGUUCUAAAUGAGAAGGUUUUCGUGGCUCAUGGUGGUCUUUUUAGUGUUGAUGGGGUAAAACUCUCUGAAAUCAGAGCAAUAGAUCGGUUUUGCGAACCCCCUGAGGAAGGAUUAAUGUGUGAAAUCCUAUGGAGUGAUCCACAACCUAAUCCUGGGAGGGGACCCAGUAAACGUGGUGUAGGUCUGGCCUUUGGUGCAGAUGUCACAAAAAGAUUCUUGGAGGAGAACAACUUAGAUUUAAUUGUGCGAUCCCAUGAAGUCAAGGAUGAAGGGUAUGAAAUCGAGCAUGAUGGAAAACUUAUUACAGUAUUUUCUGCUCCUAAUUAUUGUGAUCAGAUGGGAAAUAAAGGAGCUUUUAUUCGCUUCGAAGCACCAGAUUUGAAGCCCAACAUCGUAACCUUCUCGGCAGUGCCGCAUCCUGACGUGAAACCGAUGGCAUAUGCAAAUAACUUCCUUCAGAUGUUCCAAUAACUGGACAAAGUAGCAAUCCAACGCAAUGCAUUUCAGUUUACACGAGGCAGCUGGUGAAGAGAUAUGGUUUUCAAGUUUUGACAAAAUGCAGGUACCGUUGUGGUAUGAUUGUUUGUGGAUGCUGCUUCUCCUCAACGCUCUCUUUCUAACAGUUUAGUUGGGGAUUAUUUUUUACCUUCUAGGCUUUUGUUUUGACCCUUCCAUAGUAUUUCGAAGUCAAUUGUGUAUUCAUGCAUAGCUUUCUUGUUGGACAUUUGUUUGAUAUAUAAACUCCAUAUUGUAUGUUUACAAAGUGGGAAGAGAGAAACAUUUGUUCAUACAGUA